UUCAACCCAUAUUUCUUUAAAAACCUUCAACUUUGCUCAAAAGGUUGCGUUGAAGGCUAUCAUGGAAGUCGCUUCUACAUCCACAGCCGAUGCUGUCGACAUCAUGAAAAAGUGCUUGGCUGGCGGAACUGCAGCUGCAAUCAGCAAAACUACGAUGGCUCCUAUUGACCGAGUCAAACUCCUUUUACAGUUACAAAACCAUGGACGAGCUGCCGCGAUGCAGUACAAUGGAAUGAGAGACUGCCUGAAAAAAGUUUGUACGGAACAAGGAGUCCUUUCACUAUGGCGAGGAAACGGAGUUGGAGUUCUCCGCUGUUUUCCAAAUCAAGCGCUGAAUUUUGCUUUACGAGACGUGUACCGUAAUUUACUGUUGAAUGGCAUUGAUCGGAAAAAGAACUUCUGUCGCUUUGUAAUGGGUUCAAUUGCCGCUGGUGGACUUGGUGGAGUGACGGCACUCUUCUUUCUCUAUCCAUUUGACUUCGCUCGUACACGAUUGGCCGUGGACGUGAAUGAAAAUGGCACAAGAAAGUUCAAGGGAAUGCUCGACUGUCUUGACAAAGUGCGAAAGCGGGAAGGGUGCUUGGGCUGGUACAGGGGAUUUUCGCCCUCCGUUCAGUUUGUGUUCGCAUCUCGAGCUGUUUUCUUUGGUAUUUUUGAUGUGCUGCGAACAAGUGUCACUGAUCCGAAACAGCUACAUUUCAUGACAUUGUGGUUGAUAGCGCAGGUUUGCUUGAUCACCUCUGGCUUACUGUGUUAUCCUCUCGACACAGUGAGGAGGCAAAUGAUGAUGCAAGCUGGAAAAGUUGAAAAAACCAUGCAAAGUUCGUGGAGCUGUUGGUGUCACAUUGCAAAGACCUCCGGGCGAAAGGGUUUCUAUCGAGGAGCGAUGACAAAUUCUUUGCGGUCUACCGGUGGUGCUAUGGUUCUCACGUUCUAUUACGAGUUCACGAAAUUUUUGUGAUUAAUUCAUUCAAUCAUGCCGAUUAAGCUUCGAUUAUGCACAGUGCUAUGCUUAGGCUGUCUCUGUUUCAUUUAGAGCGCGAAUGAAUUUGUCAAAAAUGCA